GAUCAGCAGCAACGCCACCAGUGGCGAUUUGUGAAAACUAGCGCGGUGCGUGUGCGAAAUUGGAAAAUUUUCCAAAUUUUCCCCAAAAUUCGCGUUUUAUAGCGCACGAAUAUCACAUGGAGAUUAACAAGACGACGCUUGGGAUUGCGGCGGGAGUGGCGGGUACACUAUUCCUAGGCUACUGCAUUUACUUUGACCACAAAAGACGCAGUGAUCCGGACUACAAGAAGAAAAUCCGCGACAGGAGGCGCAAAGCGAAGAAGGCAGCAGCCGGAAAUCGUCCAGAAAUCCCUAAUCUUCUGGACAAAGAUGCCGUUCAAAGAUUCUUCCUGCAAGAGAUCCAGAUGGGUGAGAUGCUGAUAGCAAAUGGGCACAUUGAACAGGGGGUAGAGCACCUGGCAAAUGCUGUGGUGGUCUGCGGACAACCCACGCAGUUGCUUCAGGUACUGCAGCAGACACUGCCGGCCCAAGUGUUCACGCUCCUCAUCCAUAAGAUGAAGGAGUACCGCAACAAGAUGGAGCCCCAGGGAACCGAAGGUCGAGUGGAGGAACUCAGUGAUGACCUCGAAUAGCGCCCCAUCCAGAGUCUCCAUGCAAUUUUUAAUUAGUCUACUAAAGAAAACAAAACAAAAAAGUCCCAAUUCCCGGUGGAGAGGAGGAAGAGAGCAAAUGCACAAAUUGAAGAGCGCUGCUGGUGAGCUUCUUUCUGUUUUGACCCGGACACAAAAUUAAAAAACAAACACACUCAACUUAUCGCGUUAGAACCAUUUAAAUAUUCUUUCGUCGUCGUUUGAAUUAAAUUAAAUGAAGUAUCGAAUGGCAAUCGAUAUGGCUAGAUUUUGGAAUUGUAACCCUUUGAAUUUAGCAUAAUAAAUAUUUUUCUUCACAUGUUGAAUGUA